AUGAACAUUUCCCAGCUCGUCCAAUCAAUCGAUACUCUCGCCACUGCCGGCCAGCUGAAUAGCAUCGACGAAAAUCAGCGAGUGCAACUCUAUCAAGCAUGUAGCAAACUCAGAGCUGCACCUGCUUCACCAUUGGAUAGGACUCUCGAGCUUCUUUUCUCUGGCCACCAAGCGAUGGCCGUUCGCCUCGGAGUUGAUCUCAAACUCUUUGAUUCGAUUGCCCGUCAUUCCGCUGGUGAUUCAGAGAAAUUUAUCACCGUCAGUCAAAUUUCGGGAGACAUCAAAGCUGACGCUAAGCUCGUCCGGAGGAUUAUGAGAUUCCUCGCAUCUAUGGGUAUCUUGAAGCAGAUCUCCAGGGAUGAGUUCCAAUCGACCUCAUUUGCUGGGGCUUAUGUAUCGGCCUCUCCGUUAUCCGCAGCGGUGGUCUAUUUCACCCAUUUCCACUCUAUCAUUUCUCGGCUCCCUCAGUACUUCGAGGACAAGGGCUGGAACAACCCUGAGGACAUCGACGAUUCCCCGUUCCAGGCGGCUAUGGGCAUCAAAUCCCGCUACUUCGACUAUCUCAAGACUAAGCCUUACUACCAAGACGCUUUCAAUAAAUUCAUGGCCUCCUCCUAUGGCCGGGAAGGUAAAAAGUGGUUUGAAUGUUUCCCCGUCGCAGGGUUACUGUGCGCCGAAUGCCCUUCCGACGUUCUACUAGUAGACAUUGGUGGCUGCCACGGAGUCGAGCUGGAGGCUUUCCAUAAGAAAUUCCCCGAUGCCCCAGGACGCCUCAUUCUUCAAGACUUGCUGCACGUCAUCGAGACCGGCGAUCUCCCUGCCGGGGUCGAGGCCCAGGGGUACAAUUUCUUUGAUGAACAGCCGGUCAAGGGCGCGCGGGCAUACUACCUUCGCAAUGUCCUCCAUGACUGGCCAGACGAGCUGGUCCUGAAGAUUUUGGGCCGCAUCCGCGAGGCCAUGGCGGCGGAGUCCUUGCUCUUGAUAGAAGAGAGAGUCUUACCCGAGGCCAAUAUUCCGCUGCUGUCUGCUCUUGGCGAUAUGAGUAUGAUGGUUUUGUUUGCGGCCGCUGAGCGGACCAAGGGGGAUACGAGGGCCUCUUAA